CAAUUUUUAUUAGUUAUCAAAACGAAUUUGAUCGGUUAUUAGUGCAGAAAUUGGUGUAAGGUCUGGUUGUAACCAGGAACAAUUUUGGUUACUUUUUAGAGAAUCAUGAGGUUCUGCUAUAGUUACCUCAAUUACACGUGUUCCAAGUUGGAGUACUGUGGGCAGUAUUUCAUAAAGAAAAUACAAGUAUCAUGAAAUUUGAGCAAGUAUUGUGGCCAAACAAUGCAGCAAGGCAAUGACAUGAAGAAUAAAAGUUCAGUUCAAUCAAAUCUGACCAAUUCUGUGCAGAACACUAUAAAAGAGAAACUGGAUGACAUUGUUAGUGCCGAAGUAGAUAACGCUGGUGAAAUUACGCCACAGACAUGGAAAAUAGUAGCUCACAAUAUAACGAAGUCUGUGAAGUCUUCACCUGCAAUGACAUCUUUGUUACAGAAUAUUCGGGGUGCGCUUUAUUCAACUGUUGAAAACGUCAUGACAAACACUGAAAAUGACUCUAUGUCAGACAACCCGAAAGCUCAAUCAGUAUUGCAUAGACAUGUAACUGACGAAGUAACAUGUCACGGAAAUUGUAAUAUGGUUCAAUGUGAACAGUUGGCUAUAGAGACAUCAAAGCACAUGCCUUUAAAAGUCAGGAGGCAAGCACUUAAUAUACUUCUCCAGUCUGUGAUGUCAGAAGUUACAGCUAACGUUAAUUGGGUCCAGAUACGUUGCAAUAUAAGAGAAAAUUUGUGUGAAAAAGAUAAUGAAGUUUUCAGUUUGAGUUUGAAGGUUCAUGCUAAAUUAUUGCAGUCAUCUUCACAGGCUUGCAUAAAGGAAGGUUUUAUAAAUCUUGUUGAAGGAAUGUAUUUGUAUUAUGUUGAUACAAGUAAUUGCAGUUCCCUCCCCAACUUCAAAAAUGGAAUAGAUGUAAGUGAUCCCAUUCAUGGCCAUGUUAUUCAGAUCUCCCACCUGAUACUUGAAGCAGUGAAAGAAAUGCCAAAAAACUGGUUGCGAUAUGGUGAGAGACGUGUUGAAGACAUAGUUGGAGUGUUUGUUAAUCUACUUGCUAUGCAUACUGAUGACAGUAGGUUUAAUUUGCCCAAAGACAUAUUAUUUCCAUUCCAUAUUCUGUCUGUCUUGGAUCCAAAGGCAAAGUGGUGUACGCAGUGGUUACAUGCUGCCUUUGGCCAACAUUUAUUUCUUAACACACUAUCACAAAAUAUGGCCUUAGUCACUUUCCUUGUUGAAGAAAUACUUUCUUACUUGGAAACAUAUCAGAAUGGUCACCCAGGAGAUAUGCCUGAAAACAUUAUACCAGGCUGUAUUGUGAAAUAUGCAACUUUUACACACACGUUGUCAGUUUUAAGCCAAGUUGUUUGCUUUGAGAAAGGACGGCAGUUUUUUCCAGUUGUUACAAAGACCACAUCUGAACUAGUUUCAUUAGAGGUCAUGCUUGUUAGAAUGAUUAUGUUCUUGAACUCAGGAAGUAGCUACAAAAGCACAGUUUGUAUGACACCAUCUGGAUUUGAAGUUAUCUUGGCAUUUGUUAAGAAACUUUUGCAAAUUGGAGAAGAAAUAAAUGAAAACUUAAUGAAAACAAUAAUUGAACCAAUUAAGUACAGAAGCAUGCAGCCAAUGAAAUGUAAUAAUAUACCUUGUCACACUAUGAAGAUACUGCUUCAUUUGGCAAGUAGCAGCACUAAAAUUUCCUGUCUUCUAGGAAGCAGACAGAAACAUAAGCUAUCCAUUUCAAAACUCAAUAGAAAUCAGAAUACUACAAACACAUCAGCUGUUGGAAUGAGGAAGACCAGACAAAUGAACAUUUCAUUAGAGAGACAGUUUUCAGCUAGAUCUGUUCGAAUUCCAAGCAUUGGUAACACUGAUGUGUCUAGUCCAGCAAAAUUAAUUGAGCAUAUUACAACCAUUCUCAUGAAACACCAAGAUUUGUCAAAUGUGGAUGAACUUUUGUCACUGGUUGAAAUGUGUGGCAAACUUUUUAGGAUACAUGAGGGUUUGUCUAUGCUGGAUGCUAUGAAUUCACAAUUAAUAUCAGCCGUUAUCGUUUUAUACAAACAGUUGUCCUCCGAGAUUGAGUCAAGCAGAUAUUGUUCAGCCCAUGAAUACCCCUUAAAAAUUAAAGCUGGUAACCCACCACAUGCUGUCUAUAUGUCAUUGGUAAGCUUCCUGACUGAAGUUGCAUCUACACCUUGUGGUCUCUAUGCACUGGCUCAAGAGGAUUCUGUCCUUCAGGACUUGCUCACAACUCUUUUUCAGUAUUCAUAUGUUCCAUGGGAGCAUCCAGCUUUCAGGCAUGUAGUUUCCCUCAUCACUGCUGUCUGGCAGGGUGCAUCUGUAUUGGCUGAAGAAAGUUACAGAAUUCUGACUAGACCCCUGUGCAAUCUGUGGAGUGAAUUUGAGGAUCCCCUGGCUUUGAUGAGUGGUUCAGAGCGGAAGCAAAUUGAGGCCACACAGCAUUUCAUAAAUGUUAUAUACACGUUCAUUCCAAAUCUUCAAGGAAUUAUGGCUCUUCUUUCAGAGCCCGAUAGCAGCAGUGAAGGCACUUUAGUGGACACUGAUAUGGCCCCCAGAACCUUAGCAGAGCUACUGACAUUUGACAGUACUGUAGAGCCAUGGCAUUACAUUAGCUUAUUAACACUGAGAGCCCUGACAACAAAUAUGGAUGUCUGCUUAUAUCUUAACAGCACUAUUAAAUAUCAGGAGAAACUUCUGAAGCUUCAGUCUGAAAAUAUGUCUGAAUCAGAAAUUGAAGAGUCAAGAAUGAAAUCAAAUUCUGUUAAUAAAUGCAUUAUAAUCGACAAGUGUAGCCUGCUGAGGCAUCAGAUUCUUAUAGCAACAUAUGCAGUGGGUGGCCCCAGUGAACGGAUACUACCUGCAGUUGUUAUAGAUGCAGAGCAUUUAGAUGGGGAUGGUGAGUCAAACUUGUUCUGUAGCUUGCCUCCUCCGAAAUUGGCAUCAGCAACAAGAAAGAUGAGAAGCACACGACUCAAAGGUCAAACUGACAUUCAGAGAUUCCUCCAGGAUACUAAACAAGGUCUCCAUGAUGCCAGUUGGUUGUCUCAUGCCAGGAGAGCAUACAGAGCCUCAUGCAGUGAUGACAUAAAGGGUUCUGUGCUGUUGGAUCUUCUUGAACAAGUUGCAAAGUUGAGUUCUAAUUCACAGUAUCAGUUAAGUGCACCACUGCAGGAGAGCAAAUAUGGUGUACUGUCUCCAGAAGAAUGUCUUGGUGUACAAGUAGUCAUAAGGUAUGGAGUUGAACUUCAUCUGCUUCAAGAAAGUCCACAAAAUGAAGAAAACUUAACCCAGCUACUUUGUCUCCUCAAACACAGAAAGUGUGAAACAUUCCAGGGUUUGGAUUGGUUUGCGGCCACGGUGUUUCUUUUGUGUGGAGGAAACAUGGAAAGGUGCCAAAGUUGCAUAGGAAACAUAUCAGCUUUACCUGUGACGCCAUUUUUAUGGCCUGCUCAUGCUUCAGCUAAAGAUAACCUCCAGUCUCUCUCACAGCACUCAGCUAUGUUUGGUCACAUACUUGAACUACUAAUCAAAAUGGAAUUACCACUUGCUUUCUCUGCACUUCAGCUUGCUGGAGCAUCCUGGUGGCUCAUAUGUCGACAGUGGAUGGCUCAGUGUUUCUGGAAUGUACUUGACUGGUCUGAGAUUUGUCACUGGCUGGCUGUUAGUAUUUUAAAUCAGCCUGAUUUUAUAUUAUAUUUCUGUGUGAGUUUGCUGCAACAUAUACAACCAAAAAUCUUGCAAGCUGCAAGUGAAGGAAACCUUUGGGAACAGAUAAUGUGUGCUCCAAUGGAGGGAUUUCAUGUUGGUGAUCAACUUCCAGUCAUGGAGAAAUUAGCCAAACGUUACCGCACUUCUGUGCUCCAUCAUCUGUUAACUUCAUUGAACAGCACUACUUGAUGUGUCCAUCAAAAUAAAACAGAACUUGCCUUGUGAUAUUUAUAUAUACUUCAUGAAUUAGUGAUGCAGUGUUGAUGUAAGCAUGAAUCUGGAAGUGUGCACAGAACUCCUGGAAGGAAAAUUUUGUUUUCUUUCCUCAUAUAAAAUGAACUGUUAUUAAUAAAGUGAAAAAGAAGUAAUAAAUUAAAGGUAUCUGCCGUGGAGGCCCAUAGAGUUGUGAGAUGUUGAGGUUCCCACAUUUUCUAGAUCAACUCAUAGAU